GCGGCCCUUGGGACACUCUUGUCUCCGCCGCAUCAGGGCUGCUUGGUGCUGUCCUGAGCAGCGAUCACGGCUACAAGAAACAGCAACGGUGGAUCCCACGCAGGCGAGGGGCGCGCGCCAGCCCCGCUCUGCUGGACUGGGCAUACAGUCUCAGACAGAAUCGAACCUGAUUUAUCCAUCAGGCAGAUGGGGUGAUUUCCUCCAGCUGGAGAUGGCUGUGUAGCUCCGACGCUGUGGCGGGGCUAACUGGGCAAACCCUGGCAUUGGCACUUACCAGCUGACAAUCUGUUGAGUAUUUCUAAUCGAGAUUUCCUCCUCAUGAAAUCAGGGAAUCUUUGACUGUUUUCCACUAGAGGCACACUCAUUUGAGGAGUGGAAUUCUUGAUUCUUCAUGCAGUCAUGGAUUUGGAUAAACCAUCUGUCUGGGGGUCAUUAAAACAGCGGACCAGACCAUUGUUAAUCAACUUGAGCAAGAAAAAAGCUAAAAAGACCCCAAGUAAACCCUUGGAUUUAAGGGUGCAGCAUCACCUGGACCGGCGUCUCAGUCUCUCUGUGCCUGACCUCCUGGAAGCAGAGGCCUUAGCCCCCGAGGGUCGGCCUUACUCGGGGCCUCAGUCGUCCUAUACCUCGGUACCCAACAGCCUGUCCACGGCAGGCAUUGUCCCCAAGAGCAGCAGCAGCUCCCUGAAGCAGUCUGAGGAAGAACUGGACUGGAGCCAGGAGGAAGGGAGCCAUGUCCACGGGGUGGACACUGACUCUGAGGAGAUCUACGCCUCUUCUGCAGAGGAGCGGCGGGCAUCCAGCCAGAGUGGCCUGGAUCUGCACAAACAUCCCCUUGGAGGGGAUGCUCCUGAAGAGCCAGAGAAGGCACGUGGCAGUGAUGAUCUGAAUGCUUCUAUGACAUCUCAGCAUUUUGAAGAAGAAUCUACUCUUGGAGAAGCGGGUGAUUGCCUGAGUCACCUCCCGAGCCCCUUUGCAUACCUCCUCACUAUACAUCUGAAGGAAGGCCGUAACCUCGUGGUCCGGGAUCGCUGCGGCACAAGUGAUCCGUAUGUGAAAUUUAAGCUGAAUGGGAAGACGCUGUACAAAAGUAAAGUCAUAUAUAAGAACUUGAACCCGAUUUGGGACGAGAUAGUUGUGUUGCCGAUACAAAGCCUUGAUCAAAAGCUUCGCGUGAAGGUGUACGAUCGAGACUUGACCACGUCUGACUUCAUGGGGUCCGCUUUUGUCGUUCUCAGGGAACUUGAACUUAACAGGACUACCGAACAUAUUUUAAAACUGGAAGAUCCAAACAGUUUGGAAGAUGAUAUGGGAGUGAUUGUGUUAAAUUUGAACCUAGUUGUAAAACAGGGUGACUUCAAGAGGCAUCGUUGGUCAAAUCGGAAGCGGUUAAGUGCCAGCAAGUCCUCUUUGAUCCGCAACCUAAGGCUCUCAGAGUCCCUAAGAAAGAAUCAGCUCUGGAAUGGGAUUAUAAGUAUAACUCUGUUGGAAGGGAAGAAUGUCUCAGGAGGGAACAUGACAGAGAUGUUUGUUCAGUUGAAACUGGGAGAUCAGAGAUACAAAAGCAAGACACUGUGUAAGAGUGCAAGCCCGCAGUGGCAGGAACAGUUUGACUUUCACUACUUCUCUGACAGGAUGGGCAUUUUGGACAUUGAAGUGUGGGGAAAGGACGGCAAAAAGCACGAGGAGCGCCUGGGCACGUGUAAAGUGGAUAUUUCAGCGCUCCCACUGAAGCAAGACAACUGCUUGGAGCUGCCUCUGGAGAGCUGCCUGGGGGCUCUCCUCAUGUUGAUCACUCUGACUCCCUGUACUGGAGUCUCCAUCUCUGACCUCUGUGUCUGCCCCUUCGAGGAUCCCAGUGAAAGGAAGCAGAUCUCCCAGCGAUAUGCCUUGCAGAACUCACUGAAGGAUGUGAAGGACGUUGGCAUUCUACAGGUGAAGGUUCUGAAGGCGGCCGACCUCUUGGCAGCUGAUUUCUCAGGGAAGAGUGAUCCUUUCUGCUUGCUGGAGUUGGGCAAUGACCGACUUCAGACACACACCGUUUACAAAAACCUCAAUCCUGAGUGGAACAAAGUUUUUACAUUCCCUAUCAAAGAUAUCCAUGACGUUUUGGAAGUGACAGUGUUUGAUGAGGAUGGAGAUAAAGCCCCAGAUUUUCUUGGAAAAGUCGCCAUCCCCUUGCUGUCUAUUAGAGAUGGACAACCAAAUUGUUAUGUGUUGAAGAAUAAAGAUUUGGAACAAGCUUUUAAAGGGCUUAUUUACUUAGAGAUGGACCUCAUAUAUAAUCCAGUGAAAGCCAGUAUCAGGACCUUCACCCCAAGAGAAAAGCGCUUCAUGGAAGACAGCCGCAAGCUGUCCAAAAAGAUCUUAUCAAGAGAUGCAGACAGGGUAAAGAGACUCACGAUGGCAAUAUGGAAUACAAUACAGUUCUGCAAAAGCUGUUUCCAAUGGGAGUCCACAUUGAGAAGUACAAUAGCAUUUGUGGUGUUUUUGGUCACUGUCUGGAAUUUUGAACUCUACAUGAUCCCUCUGGCAUUGUUGCUGCUCUUUCUGUACAACUUCCUCAGACCUGUGAAAGGGAAGGCCAGCAGCACCCAGGACAGCCAGGAGAGCACAGACAUAGACGAGGAAGAGGAGGAGGAGGAGGAGAAGGAAUCUGAGAAAAAGGGACUAAUUGAGAGAAUCUAUAUGGUACAGGAUAUUGUUUCCACUGUCCAGAACAUCUUGGAGGAAGUUGCUUCAUUUGGAGAAAGAAUUAAGAACAUGUUUAACUGGACAGUCCCCUUCCUUUCUCUGCUGGCGUGUUUGAUUCUGGCCAUAGCCACGGUGGCUUUGUACUUCAUCCCUCUUCGGUAUAUUGUUCUACUCUGGGGCAUAAAUAAAUUUACUAAGAAGCUUCGAAACCCUUAUUCCAUCGACAAUAAUGAGCUCCUUGACUUUCUCUCCAGGGUACCUUCAGAUGUUCAGAAGGUGCAGUAUGCAGAGCUAAAGCUCUGUGGCAGCCACAGCCCACUUCGGAAGAAGCGGAGUACUGUCUAGGGCUCACACUGGCUGAGGACUCCAGCAUCCCAUGUGUAGCUAGCUGAUCAGACCUCUGUCUUGGCUGCUCCAGUGGUACCCAGGUGUCCUGAAAUGGGUGCUCUGUGCAGUCCUCUCAUCAUGGUCUAUUUUCUUCACAUAUUCAGAUGCACACACCCACACACAUGUCCCCAUGCAUGUGUACCCCAGAUGCAUAGACAGUCAACCCAACCAAAGGUGUCAAGUCUGAAACUGUGAGAGUCUUUCAUUCACUUGUAGGUAGGACAUAAAACAAGGGGUCCACAUAUCUGAAUACUGUCCUUGGUUCCAGAAUGUUGCUAAACUUAUUUCCAUCCCUUCAGCAGAUUUUUACUAAGAUUCAGUAAUUUCCAUCAGGGACUUGUGGCUCACACUUGUAAUCCCAGCAGUGAAGGAGCAAAAGCAGGGCAGUCACAAGGGACACACCAGCCCAGGAGCCACACUAGCCUAUGCUCCAUUUGCAGUCAUAAAAUGCAGUGUUAACCAAGGUGUACUUAUUUCCAGUCUUGAUCUGCCACUUGUUUCAAAUUCUUUCCAACCAGAUAAUGUACAGUAGAAAAUGAAUGUUCUGUGACUUCCAGAAUUAACGCGAACAGUUUGGAAUCAGCUGUGAUUGCUUGAGACCUCUUUAUGUAUUUGGUGACCCCUUAGGAUUGGAUGCCAGCCUGUAUCACAUCCCAGCUGUUGGAGGCAGGCGGUAUCCUGGAAGGUCCCAAGGAGCCACUCAUUUGAAGAGUAAGGAUUUCAUGAUAGUAUUUUGCUGCUGUAAAAAUGCCAUUUCUUCCAACUUCAGUUUUUGCUUAUUACCAAAAUAAGAUGUCAAUAUGCAUCCUCAGAAAGAUGGUGGGGGUUGGGGGAGACAGAUUAGUAAAUUCAGAAAGUGUCUAGAAACAUAAAAGUAUGAAGGGGUUUACUUAGAGACUCUUAGUAAAAUGUAAGUGUUUCAGUUACCCAGUGUUUUGAGCAGAUAGUUAAAAUGUUUUGGGCUUGCCUGAAUUUGUCUUUUUUUUUCUGAGGGUCAAAAUGAGAUAUAGACAACUACAGUUUAUUUCAAAACCCUGUUCAUACAAAACAACCACCCAAAAGUCCUCUGUAGAUAGCGUCAGAGUCCCAAGCAACUAGCCCUCUACAGCAUACCCUGCCAAUUUAAAAACAAUUAAUUUUGUGCAUGUAGAAAAUGUGUACAGAUACCUUUGUGUUAAAAUUAUACUUAAGCUUUAAAAUCUGUAUUUCAUCGACACAUACUUGCUAUGUGCAGGUUUGUAUAUAUACACAUUGUAAAGAAACGUUGAGGUAAAAAGACCUAAUAUACUUAUGUUUACUUCUUUCUUUCUUUGUUUCUGCAUUGUAAUUUAAUA